AGGAGAAUGGGUAAAAACCACUCAACAGUGUCUGAGUUUUUUCUUUCAGGAUUAACGGAUCAACCAGAGCUUCAACUACCCCUUUCCUGUCUCUUUUUAGGGAUCUACAUGGUUACUUUGGUGGGAAACCUUGGCAUGAUCUCAAUAAUUGGGUUGAAUUCUCAACUUCACACCCCCAUGUAUUAUUUUCUCAGUAGUCUGUCUUUUUUAGAUGUCUGCUAUUCUUCUGUCAUUACUCCCAAAAUGCUGGCAGGUUUUUUAUGCAGAGAUAGAUCUAUUUCCUAUUCUGGAUGCAUGACUCAGCUGUUUUUUUUCUGUAUUUUUGUCAUUUCCGAAUGCUAUCUGUUGGCAGCAAUGGCCUAUGAUCGCUAUGUAGCCAUCUGUAGCCCACUGCUUUAUAAUGUCAUAAUGACCCCUUGGGUCUGCUCUCUGCUGGUGGCUGCCGUCUUCUCCAUAGGUUUUAUUGACGCUGUUAUUCACACAGGCUGUAUAUUAAGAUUGUCUUUUUGUGACUCCAACAUCAUUAGACAUUAUUUCUGUGACAUUGUCCCUCUUAUUACACUCUCAUGUUCCAGCACUAAUAUUGAUAAACUUUUGAUUUUUGUCAUUGGUGGAUUUAACAUGGUGGCCACCAGCCUCACAAUCAUAAUUUCAUAUGCUUUCAUUCUCUCCAGCAUCCUUCGCAUCCGCUCUAAAGAAGGCAGGUCCAAAGCCUUUAGCACCUGCAGUUCCCACCUGACAGCUGUUGUAAUAUUUUAUGGGUCCCUCAUGUCCAUGUAUCUGAAACCUGCUUCUAGCAGUUCACUUAUUCAGGAGAAGGUGUCCUCAGUGUUUUAUACUACUGUGAUUCCCAUGUUGAAUCCUUUAAUAUAUAGUCUGAGGAACACACAAGUGAAAAACACACUGGCAAAAUGCUUCCAAAGAAAAAUAACUUCAUAA